CCCGGCUCCAUGGCUUGGAACUACAAAUUUGCUGGGGAGCGUCCCGGUGCGCAAGUUCCAAAAGCCGCCCAGUGUCCCAGGAGUGGGAGUAACGCGGCCGCUUUCGAUCCGAAGUUCUGGGAUCAACAACCGGGGAGCCUAAACCCGGACAACAUUGGCCAGGGAGCCGUUGGAAAUUGCUACGCAUAUGCGGUGCUCAUCUUAAGGCUUCCUCCCUUAGUUAGUCUCCUUCUCCAGAAACAUCUCGAAGCCCCGACGAGACGAGAAAUAAAAAUGGCCUCCGGAGAAAACAGAUCCGAGACCACUCGUGGUCUCGGAGAAAACAGAUCCGAGACCACGAGUUGUCUCUGAGAAAACAGAUCCGAGACCACGAGUUGUCUCUGAGAAAACAGAUCCGAGACCACUCGUGGUCUCGGAGAAAACAGAUCCGAGACCACUCGUGGUCUCGGAGAAAACAGGUCCGAGAAAUAAACAUGGCCUUCUGAGAAAGCAUAGCCUUAGAGGACAAGUCGUGAGCGCUAAUACUUAAUUUUGCGAAAUUUGGAUGGAUCACUCCUAUUCCGCAACUUUCUCCAAUCGCGAUAUACGAAGUUCCGUUCUUCACGGAGCGCGGAGGGUGGAUGCCUUUGCUGAUUGAUGAUCGCAUCGCCCAUCCUUCGCUACCGUGGCAAGGAAGACUCCAGGUGAUGGCUCUCGACACUAAGCUUAAGGCUUCAUCCGGGAAUAUAUCUCCAAAAUAAAGCAUUAUUUUCUUUGACGCGCCCUCCUCUCUAAGGGUCGUGGAAAAUCAGAUCCAAGCUAGUGGAUGAUUCUCAACUUCAAGAUGUAGAUGUUGUCCUUAUUCCAGGAAGAAGAUCUAAUAAGCAGUCUGCAACGAUAGUGCUGUGGUUGAAGGCGUUAGCCAUGGCGGAGGGCACCAUGAAACAAUUCGAAGGCGGUAUCCCGGAAUAUGUUAUCCUGUUAAGGCCUCUCUUACUCAUACUAAAGUAGUGGCCCAUCACCUCUGAUGCCUUCUUCUAUACUAGAAGGGACGUCCUCGUAGGGUCAUCCCUCAAGAAGUGUAAGUGUUAAGCAAAUGCGUCCUCCCAAGAAUAUUACACGGGGAAAAAUGCAGAGGAUUUUGGUCGGCCCUUGAGGCAUUUCCACAGCAUUGCAGAGGCAUAUCGCCGUUAGAGAUGAGAAUCCACUCUGCACAGCAAAGAUCUGCUGACAGACUAAAAUUGGGGAGGUGAUGGCCAUGGUGCUGAGGUCCUCUAAUCCUGCCUCUCGGAGGCCCGCCCGAUCCGAACCACCCUAAACAACUGGGCGCAUAUGGAGUCUGGACACUCGACAGAGGCCUCAGGCUUAAGGCCUCCUCUACUCCAUCUCUAUGGGAAUCCCCCAGCCUCAUAUAAGUACCUCCCAAUACAAGGGAGACGCUGCCGCAUAUUCUUGAGGGAUUUCCACAGGGAUGAACCAAGGGAGAGGUCUAACAGAGGAGGGAUAGCGGAGUACUCCAAGUUCGUAUAUGUAUAAUGCCACUCAUUGAGAGCAAAGACAUGGGAAUGUCGUUCCACCUACUUAAAAAGAUGCGGCCAAAGAAGGGGGGCGGCAUUCUUCUAUCGACAUUCUCAAUGAGUCGACGCAUUCAGCAUAUGCUGGAGGGGACAGCUUUGCCCAGAGGAUGAAGGGCCGCGUGACCAGAAACCUCCAAGGGAGAAAAGACGAGCUGACGGACCCGCAACAGUGCAGCUGGUUCAUGGACACGCGACACGUGAUCCAGUUCCUUGUCGAGACCAGAUUUCGGCACGCUUGGCGCAAUUUUUUGCGAGCGGGCGCGUGGCAAACUUUGACCAAGGAAGAGUCGAGGGGCUUCGCGUGUGGCGAGAUUUACUUAAGCCUGGGCUAAUAUAUCAACAGCCUUUUUCUUGCAUAUGCAUUCCUUCUUCAUCACUACCUUCGCCCGACACUCGUUUCCCAGUAGGAAAGGGGUCAGGGCUGACACUGUUGGAGCUGUAUCGCCCCGCUGGUAGGCUACCUAGUAGGGGACCCUCGACACGGUAUAAGAAUGGAUGAAAAGCGCAGUGCCGUAAUCUCUCGCGUUGGCUGCCAUUCUGUCUCUGGGGUGACCAGGAAGGGGCAUAACAGGGGAAUUCACAUGGCAUCUCUUAGAUGGUUACGCUGAACUGCGACAGGGACAUACGCAUGGCAUAGCCUCUAACUUACCUGGAAGCAAACAGAGCAAAGAUUGCCACCGCAGCCGAUUGGAAGGAGUACGAAAGUGGCUUCGCAAACAGUGGCGCGGAUCCGGGCUUGUGUUAAGGCCUCACUCAAUCGAUCUUUUAGCUGAUUUAUGAAUAUCAAUAUUGAUUUAUAGUUAUACAUAGUAUAUAGGCUCCUGUCUCCAUGUGCCUUCUUUUAGUGCAUCCACCUUUUAGAUAGUUCACUUGUUGAAACUGAAAGCUGUCUCCUUCCAAGUAAGUACAAAAAUGGACACAGAGACGGAUGGGACAAAUAAAGAUGGACAACUACAAUUGUAGUGCGUUUUAUCUAAUUGUGCUUGGAUGUAUUGUGGGCACUUUUUCUUCGUCACGAAAAUUACCUACGAGGCACUGAUAAAGAGUAUCAAGAAUUAGCAAAGCCUUACUCAUCUGGCGCGGGAGAACAGCCUGCGAGCAGCUCGUUUUACGAAAUGAUGAAACGAAAUAUGACCCAUGAGCCAGAGGAUGACUUUGAAGAUAUGGAUGACGUUUUUUCCCUUCAUCUCCAACCGUACUUAGGAGACCAUAGGCUGCCCUCCUUUUUCUUCUACUUAAUAAAACUUAAACUGUAUUUAAGUAGCUUAAAAGGCAGCCUCGAUGGUGUGCCGUGAGAGGGGGGAAAAGACUGCAUCUUCCAUGUUUGUUGACGAAGAUGGGGAGGAAGCUAACCGCCUGAAAGCUCUCGCUUUUUUUCAACGAUGUGAUGGCUGCGGUGGCGAAGGCGCGGACGACGGGUGCUGUGGCGCGGCUCGUAUGGAAGCCGGAAAGAACUUCGUACCCUCGGGUUCAAUAUUUGGCUUAAGGCCCGGCGGGGAGAUGGCGAAUACGAUCCUUACCAACAACGACUGGCUCCAAAGCCUCCGGGCAAAAUUAAGGCUUCUCUUGCUAGAAGUAAUCCAUCUCACUCUUUCAUACAGCUUCCCCUUUAUAUAAAGAUGCUAACUUUGAAAAGUCCCAGGAGAUGAUAGUCAGGCAUAUUCUUGCGGGAUUCCUAUUGCAGCAGGGAGAAUGAACCAACUGGGGAUUCCGCCAGCCUACCUCACUGCAUCUAUGAGUAUAAGUUAGGGGUCCCUACAGUGGUCCCUCUCGCUACAGGGAUGAUGAGCCAACUCCUACGGGGGUGGGCCAACUGGUCUAACAAAGGCCGGCAAAGAGCAAGGACUGGGUAACGGCUGUACCGAGGACGGACAGUGGACAAGCAUUACAGAGACGGGAGAGCUUAAUUAAGGGUGGGCGAAGGAUGUUCCUGUUGCGGCCGUUUGUCUUGCCUCUCCUAAGGGGGAAAGGCAGAACAAACGCGAAAGAGAAACGCCAAGGCCCUACCUCUAGCCUAAGACGGAACCAGAUGGGGUGUGCAAGUGCGUGAUGUCAUCGGCAAACGACGAGGCGGCAAACAUGCACAUUUGUGCGCUGUUGUCUUUCUACUGUGUGGCACAUCAUACCAAGCAGAUCGGAGAGGAAGGCGCAAAGCAGAUUUCGUUACGAUACUGUAGAAUUCAGCUCCUUCACUCUAGAUUUCCUUACGCUAACUACGGUCUUCCUUACGUUAUUGGGCUAAGAGAGCAGAAGUCACAAUCACAAAAUUUGCUACUCGAAUACUCAAAGCAUUAGGCGAAUGAGCAACACAGUACUCCAGUAUCUGAGAUUAUUCCCUAGUAUACUCGGCCACUUCGUCAGCUCUUCGAAUACCAGGAACACGGCCAUCCCUCCUGACUUGUUCUUUAUCUUGAAAUAUUUAUCGUGCUCUCUGCCACUAAUCAACUACUUAUCUUCGUGUCGCCAUACAGGACUCUAUUAAGGAACGGGCAGCACGUUCCUCCCAAGUUUCUGAGUCGCCUGUCCUUCUCGUCGAGCAGUUGGCUGUUUGUUCAAGAACAGACAUGUUGAUCGCUGGCUUUUUUCGACAACCACCUAAGACUUCUUAGCUCUAAUAUCCUGUGAUGAUCUACCCACCUCCGCCAAGAAAAUGGAGGAUGACUUGCGAAUUUUUGCGAAAGAAGAUGAUGAAGGAUCAGACCCGGUGAAAGUUGGCGCCAACAACAAAGUUACGCGAGGUCCCGAGCAGGACGUAAGGAAGGACAUUCACCAAUCUUUUGCCACUAACUUUCUUCAGAUUCUCUUCUUGUUUUCCUCUUUUUUCGAAGCCGCACAAAUAAGAUGCAGAUGCAGAAGCGAAAAAAUGUCAUCUAUUGUUCUAUAGAAGUCAACUCCUUUUCUGUUUAAGGUCUACCUGGUUAGUACUAGUAGACUAGACCAGAGGAAGGAAGUUGCAGCACUCUCUUACUUCGUCCUUUCACUCGUUUCUUUUUUUAGCGAGCCACAAGGGCUCCGCUGGGCGAAUUCAUUACAAAGCGACGCCUUCCGACCUGGUGUGUAAAGGUUAUUUUAAUGUGCUGCACAUGUGCCAUAGAAAAUAAGUAGACUAUACUACACAUCCUAUUUGCAAUUCCUGACCUAGUUUGUUAUAUAGUCAGGGGCAGGGCGAUGAAAAAUAAAAUCGCUGGUCGUUGAGUUGGGUUCUUGAAGUCGUUGGGCCGUUGGGUUGGGUUCUUGAAGUCGUUGAGUUUGGUUUUUGAAGUCGUUGGGCUGUUGAGUUGUGUUUUUGAAGUUGUUGGGUCGUUGAAAUAGGUCCGCGAAGUCGUUGGGCCGGGAGGGUUUCUUAAGUCGCGGGGCCGUUGCGUUGGGUUUCUGAAGUCGUUGGACCGGGUUUCUGAAGUCGUUUGGCCGUUGAGCUUGGUUUUUGAAGUCGUUUAGUCGACUUCCUCAUUUCGUUGAGCUGAGCGAAUACAAGUAGCGCCCGGGAGAGAUUGGAAUCGGGUCUCAAAAACGGGAAACUUCUUAAAUCGGGCCCCAAAUUUUUUCGAGUCGGGUCCUAGGUUGUAUCAAAUCGGGCGCCCGAUUUUUUCCAGUGAGUCGGGCCCCACAUUUUCAGGCCAACGGCCAGGCGAACACCAAGCGCCCCGCGUCCAACAUCCAGCGCCCCGCGCCUACCACCCAACACCCCGCGCCCCACGAACAUCCAGCCCAAGCGCCUACCCAGCACCCAGCAGGAAGCAGACAACACACGAAGCACAGUGCGCAACCAACGCACACGACACACGGGAGACAGCUAGCACACCAGCCACGACACACCGGACACAGGACACAACGCAAAACACGCAACACACAGCACGCAAUAGCAACACAUGAGACACGAUCAAAACACACAGCGCGCACAGGACACACAACACAAAGCACACAACACGCGGCACAAAGUAACACCCAGCGCCAAAACAGACGCCCAGCGCAAAGCCAAACACCCAACGCCGAACGCCCAGCGCUUUGCCCGUUUGAGUUUAACGACCUGCGCCCUGCCACACAAAUAGACUCAGUAGCGAUGUUGUCUAAGGUGGUCUAUACAAGGGCAAGGAUUCUGUGUCUAAGUUUGUGGAAGGCGAGAAGGGCAAGCUGCUCCGAGACCUGAUCGUGUACAGCAGGAAGAGUAGGCUUUAAGGGCUUAGUGUUUAUCACUCGCACGUCCGCGAUAUGGUCGCGUGCGAGCAGGAUGAUAAGUAAUAAUAAGAAUAAUAUAUAAUCUUUAUCAUAGUAAUAAGACUUAUAGCGUCGCAAUCCUUGUGGGCUCUACUGAGUCAGUGAAAGCCCCCCUGAUCUGGAGGGGAAAAAAAAAGGGGGAAGAGGGCAACACACUCGACCAGAGUACACAACUACCCUACGCUAUUUCCACGAUUUAGACUAGGCACACUGCUACUACAGGGAUAUUGAGAGACGACCUCUAAAGCCUGCAUCCUGUCACUGGAGGGCUUCCCGCGGGUUCUCCAGACAUCACGGACUCCAAAGGGUCUUGCUUCUUCUGGAAGUUGCAUCAGCGACUGGCCAUCAACAGCGAGUAUCUUAAGGUCGCUACAGCCUAAUAGGCGUGCCCUUGUGAAGUGUAAAGGUUUUGGUCUCCUUCGGUUACAAAUCAUUACUAAGAAGUUGUACCGUAAGAGCCAUACUGAUACUAGACAGUUCUAGUAAUCUGUAAUUCUUCAUCAAUCUUCAAAAAUACAGUACUGAGUGUUUAGUGAUGUGUAGUUCUUCAACAUCAUCUUACGAAGAUGAACUUCUGGUAAUAAAAAUAACAAUAAUUUGAUGAAAGGUGAACAAGCAAAAUGAGUCUACAGUAGUCUGUAAAAAUACUUCGAAAUCAUCUUAAGAAGAUGAAUAACAACCCUCCUGUGCAACUUCUUCAGCAUCUUUCUAGUUCUUUGUCCUCUAGAGUACAACUACAUUAAUAAAUCUUCUGUAAGUCUUCCUCAACACAUCCAAGGUUCAUGAGGACACGACAGUAAGCUUCUGUGAUUCUUCAACAACAUCUUUCUACUUCUUUGUCUUCUAAGGUUCGCAAGUACGACGGGCGCAACCACUACGGUGGCCUGGCAGUGUACGGGAAGAGCGACUCUCACGCCACGUAUAAUAACAUCGUCAUGGGUCAUGCUUUCUCCGUCGACUUCGUGACCACGCUGGCUUUUAUGGAAGUAUUGAAGUAUUCAGUUAUAUCUUUUCCCUCAGUAAUAUUGAAGUUUUUACAUCUCUUCCCUCAGAAGUAUUCAGCAUUCAGUAAUCCUUCUGACAGUAAGAUUUUUAUGUCUUUCCUUGUUAGAAUUCAGUAACGUCCUUAGCUCUACUGUGUCUUUUCCUAGUAGGUACUUAAAAAAAAAGCAACCCACGGCUGACGUUCUGAAGCUUGUUGUAAUUACUCAUGUCCGGCGUUUAAGUGGGUUAGGGUGUUUGUCUUCCUCAACUGGCCCGAACACCUGCACACGGACAGCUAGGACAACUGUAGCUCAAGCUCUUCCAAGGGUUUCCAGUUUUAGUUUAGUCCAACAUGACCAUCUACGAGACAAUAUUUUUGCAUAGAAGUUAGUAUUGCUGACGAUGAUGAAGAUGAUGAUGAUGAUGGUUGUACCUUUACUAGAGGCGGUUGCUGUUCUUUUUAGUAUUGAAUUGCACACGACAUGUAGCCUUGAUUUUUACCUGCGUCUUCGCCUUUUGAGGACUUUCUUAUCCUUGCGUUUCUUGUCCUUUUCACCACCUGCACACGGACAGCUGGGACAACUGUAGCUCAAGCAUUUUUCUUGAUAGUCGACACCUCUAUGGCGCGCCUAUAGCUAUCUACGCUGUAAAUUGUGCGAUCUCUCGGUUAUUUCAGUUUUAGUUUGCGAUCUCUCUGGGAUGCUUGGUUAUUUCAGUUUUAGUUUAGUUCUUCCAAGGAUUUUCCUACCGAACAGCCCUACUGCAUGGCUUAUUUUUCUUCGAAGGGUUUUCCUACCGAACAGCCCUACUGCAUGGCUUAUUGUUCUUCGAAGGGUUUUCCUACCGAACAGCCCUACUGCAUGGCUUAUUGUUCUUCGAAGGGUUUUCCUAUCGAACAGCCCUAACACAUGGUUGUUCUUCUAAGGGUUUUCCUAUCGAACAGCCCUACCACAUGGUUGUUCUUCUAAGGGUUUUCCUAUCGAACAGCCCUACCAUCUUCGGGCAAAGGCUACGAGUCCGGAAUUCGUCGAUGUUCUUUUGGUGAAUGUCCUGGCUUUGCGGAACCCAUGGGGCAGAAAGGAACUAGCCGGGGGAUUCUCUUAAGCAGGCUAGAACAAGAAGUUGUUAUUCCAUCUUCAAUAGGGAUCGAUGACAUCUUCCUGGCCCCUCCCGUAGGUUUUAUUUAGCGGGGGAAAUUCCAUCUUCACACUGUGCAUCCAUCCUGGCCCCUCCCGCAGGUUUUCAAAUUAGGAUGCAGCUAGGUCUAAUUUACGCUCUCGCAAGGCGACCAGGGGUCCGGACACUGGCAACCGAGCCCAAGAGAUUAGGGCUCAAAGCAAUUCAUUUCCAAAUGCUUUUUUCUGUGUUUCCUUCUAUCUUGGACCGCAUUUCUAUACCAAUGGUGGCGCUUUCGAAGCUCUAAGAAGGUCCCGAAGUAGGCGCAGUUGACGUGCUGAUCUGGUCGCUUAACCGGUGGGGAUUUGAGUCACUGAAAAAGCCGAAUUCCGAGAAAUAUAGAAAUUUCAAUCCGGGCGCAUAUCAUAACAAAGACACCACGAAAACUUAAGGCGCCAAAAAACCCCGACUCCAUCUCUACGUGAGAGUAGAGAGCCUGCUAAAGUUAGUGCAACAACUGCGCCGGCAGUGCCUCGCGGAUUCUCGGGCUGUGCUGGGGCAUCAAGUACUUACUUGGGCGAGUGCUUAUUUUAACGGGAUCCAUCUAUCCACGGAAUGGCGAUGGGUUCAGGGUAGCUCUAAAAAACGCAAUGGCCAAAACGCGGAACGGAGUGGGUCCCAUCCUUCAGUGGUGACAUCUUUGCCAUCGACGAUAAGGCUUGGGAGAACGAGGGCAUCAAGGUGUUUCAGCUGGAUGAGCAGUGCGGCUGGAUUCAGGGUCCAAAGCAGAUGAAGUUAAGGCCGGUUAAACACGAAUUGAGCUUAAGUUACUCAGAUUUAGUCAGAUUUAGGCUUAAGCAGACGAGCAUGAGGUUGAGGCCUAGACAUUGACUCAUCUUAGGUGACAUCUUCUUUGAGUACUACUUUUGUCUAAGGGAAAGAAAACGCGCCAAAGAGUAAGAAAAGGCGCCACUUCUCAUACUCAACAAGGUGAAUAAACUGCAUUCAGAUCGCCAGGAACAGGAACGCCUUACAGCCUCAUCGGUAGGAAAGGAGCGCAAGCGCAAAAAAUAGAUGCUAUCGUCCUUGAGCGCUAGCAGAAACCUGCUAAGGGCAGGCCCAUCGAUAUGCGGCCGAUUUACAACCCUGCGCAAAGAGUUGGAAGGAAGUGCCUGCGCACUUUAGGCCCCAUCAGUAGGGGCCCCCUUGUGCCUGAGAUCCCCAAAAUAUAUGUAGCGAGUAGGCUACUCAAUCUGAAGACCGUGAUUAAUAUGAUUUAAUAAGUUCCCUCUUAUCGUCCUUAAUCAGUCGAAAAUCUGGCCCCUAAUACGGGAGUCGGCAAGCGCACACUUCCUCAACAAGGGGAUGCCAGCAGCGAAAUGGCUGAAGGAAAUUCAGGAGAGGCAGGACGCCAUGUUGGCACGCAUUCCUGCCCACUGCUUGGAUAUGGGCAACAAGUGUUGUUUUUCUUUCCUAUCUCGUAUCAGAGGACCAUCUUGAUCACCUGUAUUCAUCAGUAUCAGAGGUCAGACCAUCGAAUGGACCUGGCAUUCGGUAACUAACCUAGCUUCCGAUCUCGAGGGGUCCCCUCUUAAGAAGUAGUGCAGGCUGGAUCAAUCAUGAAAGGGGCGAGUAGAAUUUUCUCCUUUUCUUGUCCGCCACUAUGAUAACGAAGGGGGCGGAAAGAGUAGCCGUGCUUCUCCUGUGUUAAGUUAAAGAUAAGUACGUUUUUUAGGGGAGAACGAAAAUACGCAAAGGGUGGCCCAUGUGCUGGUCUCUCUGCCUACUUAGAAGACGGAAAGAGGAAAAGCACUCCUUUUAGAUUGGAACCGUUUGAGAGUUCGGCAUUCAAGUCAUGGGACUGGGUACCCUUUAGUUAAGGGUUGGAAGUUGGCCGCUCAUCUAUGAGCAUAAAUCUAUGAACUACAAUUUUUCAAGGAGGAAAAUCAUAGAUAGGAGGAAAGUCAUUGUCAUAAGUAGAUACUUGUUAUGCGAGGAAAGUCAUAGUCAUAGAUCAUAUCUAUGCAACCAAGGAAGGAUCGGUCAACUUGCAGCAUCCUGCUCCAAUGUAGCGAACUGGAGAAAACCGUGCGAUAUGAAGAGUCAGCAAGCCAUAUGACGGUAUCCGUAGCACCUGUACCCGCGAAACACUGGUCACUAUACGGCGAAGGCACCCAAAUCGGGUAAGUACUACUAAGUAAUUAAUAACUGGUAGCAAUUGCUAUAAAGUAAUUGCUAACCAGGUGAAUGCUAUUAGGCUAAUAUAAGUAAUUAUCGAAAAGUGAAAAUAUUUAGCGAGUGCGAGUUACUGACUGAAGUAAAAGAGUCUUGACUACAUUCCUCUUCUUUCAGUUGUAUCUCGGUUAUUUCAAGUACUAGGCACUUGUUGCUUAUCUCACUCUAUCGAAUAGGCUGCUGCCCUUCUUGUUGAAGGCAUUUAGAUUCUUGGCCACUAAUAUAUGAUACAGGGACGCGCGGCGCCCCCCCUGUGGCUGGCCCUGUGGUGGCGCUUGCGCGCUCUUUUCCGCGCUGCUUUUCGCGGAUUCUCAAGGUGGAAGGCGUCAAAACUUGGCGCGAGCUGCGCCGCUCUGCGUGCCCCGUAGGGAUCUCCUGGCCCCUGCUGGCCCUCGCUCGCAGGCUGGAGGCCUCCGGGGUAGAAGGUCGCCGAAGGCGGCCACUGUCUCAAGAGCAAGCAGGCCGAUGACCAAGGGCCCGGAGGGCACAGGCCACACGGCUCAGGGGGUCCAGCCUUGCGCCUUUUGCCGCUUUCGGAGGCCUUCAACGCCUGGCGCACUGCUGCGGAGGCGAAGCACAUAGGAGGCCUGCCGGGUACACGCAGGCAUCUGGGAGGGAGCGGAGGAGGCCCCUUGGACCCCUUUGGAAGCCUUUCGCCCCGGUAGACGCCUUCAAAAGGGGCCCGGAGAUCCACGCCCCCCACGUCGCCCUACGCUAGGAGGAGUCCCUCCCCUGAAUCCUGGAACAUUUUAUAGAUAUUCAGACUUUUGAUCUUGGUGUAGAUAUUUAUAUUAAUAGAGUAAGGCCAAUAACGGGUUUCGAGUUGCCACGAGUUGCUCGAGUUGCCGAAGCGAAGAGCUUCAUCGCUGGAACGAGUUGCCACGAGUUGCCGGGGGGUGUCCGCUCCAUCGAAAUGGAGCGAAGCAGGGCGGUGCGAGCACAAACCCAGCCGGUCGAAGUGGCGAAAUGCUAAGGGCGUGCUGCGUUUGUUGUUGCUCAUGAGAGGGGCAAUCGGGUGCGAAGGGCUCCUGGGCCCUUAUGCCUUUUUUCUGUAGCUUGCCAGCGCGCGCUUAUUAAAGCACAACCAAGGGGGCGAAAGGCUCUGCCCGUUGUUGUUUUUGUUUGAUGUCAGUGUCGCUGUCCUGUGGCGUGUGGUGUCGUCUAGUCGGUGACGAUCUCUCCCUUUUUUCUUCGGAUGUGUUCCCAAUAUAUCUACUUCGGGGGUGAGAGCGAGUAGCCCCCGUCUGCUUUAUAGGGCGGCGCGUCCAGCCUUGCUUGGGGGUGAGUAGACUAGAGAAAGCACCAGCGGGGGGCGGAUGUUGGAAGUGGAUUAUCCCACUAGAUUCGUAGCCUUUCUUUAGAUGUCGUGAGUAAUUAGAUGACCAAGCAAGUGGCUGAGAUGAGUCUCGAGCCCGAGACGGUUGCUUGCUCCUGUCUCAAGGGUGCACUGCGAAGAAAAUCAAGGAUCAGAGACUGACACGGCGCGCAGUGUGGUCGUACGCUCCUGCUAAGGUUUCGCGGAGUCUCAUAAAGCUGCGCCCGAAGGGCGCCGCGCAAAAAAUUAGGGUGGGCAACUCGAGCAACCCGAGCAACUCGACCCGAUACGGGUCAAAAAGUGCCUUACUCUAUUAUAAUACUUUUGGGAGGGUAGUACUGAUAUUGUCUACUUGGAGAAGAUUGUUGGCUUUGGGUGCUAUGAUAGCAUUUAGAUUUGCGGAUCAUGAUACUGCUUUUUAGAUUAAAUUUGACGUUACGGCUACAGUAUUGGAAAUCAUAAGCAUAAAAUAUUCAUAGUUUUUACCUCGUUCUUAGCUGCUCCACGCCAAGUAGUAUCUAUUGGAAAUAUGAUCAAAUAUGACUACUCCAGAGUGCCAGUACGGGACAGCUAGGAGACCUUUUAAUUAACUCAUACUCAAUUUCAACAUCUCUAUUUUAAUGAAAUAUUUUGGAAUUGGACUACAUCUUCAGGGUGGGCGUUUUUCCGCUGGAAGUGGAUGGAAAUCGGGUCCCGGCACUGCAGAGCGACGCUGGCCUACAGAGUGCACCCUCUCAGCCUGAAGCGGAGGCCGUGCAGGCGAUUUCGAAGGGUGUCGACGCGGCAGCAGAGGUCGCUGCUAUCGACGAGAACGAUGAUGGCGCGAGCCAAGGCUCUGGCAAUGUUGGAUAUUGA